CUAAAAGUAGGUUAGCAGAGAAACAAGGCAAUCGAUGCAGAGAGGCGGAGAGCCAGCAACGACAUCACCAAACUCUCUUACCACCUCUUCUGCACUCAGUUACGCAGCAAGGGGAAAAAUAAUACACAACCGAAACUAACAUACAAGACCAAAACCUACUAGAAAGAUUUAGAAACCGAGAGCGCCUUUUUUUAAAAAAAAGAAAAAUAUUUUUAACACAGCUUUUUGGGGCUUAAAAAAAAAAAAAGAAAAUCGACAUCUGGUUCUUUUCUCUUUGGAGUUACAUGACUGUGGAAGUAUAAACAGCAAAUAUGAGAGCUCAAAUCGAAGUGAUACCGUGUAAAAUCUGCGGGGACAAGUCCUCAGGGAUACAUUAUGGCGUCAUCACCUGCGAGGGCUGCAAGGGUUUUUUCCGACGCAGUCAGCAAAACAACGCCCUGUACUCCUGCUCUCGCCAGCGCAACUGCCUGAUCGACCGGACCAACCGAAACCGCUGCCAGCACUGCCGCCUGCAGAAGUGCCUGUCCCUGGGCAUGUCACGGGAUGCGGUGAAGUUCGGUCGCAUGUCCAAGAAACAGCGGGACAGCCUGUACGCGGAGGUCCAGAAGCACCAGCAGAGCCAGGAGCAGGCGGCCCCCAAGGAGGAGCCCGAGAGCCACAGCCACUACAGCAACAGCUCCAGCGCGGGGCUGAGCGACCUCGAUGACAUCAGCGCCCUGCCGGACGGGCUGCUCUUCGACCUCCCCCUGACCCCCGAGGGGGCCGGCUACUACAGCGCGGAGCUGCCGGCCUCGGCACAGUCCUCCCCGGAGCAGUGCAGCGUGGAGCUCUCGGACGCCAGGCUCAUCAAGCAGGAGUACGAGCCCAGCCUCUUGUCUCCCCUGCCAGAGGGCACCUCCGUGCUGGAGAUCGAGCGGGUCUCGCAGAACAUUGUCAAGUCUCACUUGGAGACGUGUCGGUACACAGCGGAGGAGCUGAAGAGACUCACCUGGACUCUGUACACACAAGAGGAGAUCCGGACCCUGCAGAGCAAGUCCACGGAAGCUAUGUGGCAGCAUUGCGCUCACCAGCUCACUAAUGCCAUCCAGUACGUCGUGGAGUUUGCCAAGCGCAUCACCGGCUUCAUGGAGCUCUGCCAGAACGACCAGAUCAUUCUGCUGAAAGCGGGGUGCCUGGAGGUGCUGCUGAUUCGCUCGUGCCGCGCCUUCAACCCCGUCAACAACACGCUGCUCUUCGACAGCAAGUACGCAGGGACUCCGGUCUUCAAAUCCCUCGGCUGUGAUGACCUCAUCAACGCCGUGUUCGAGCUGGCGAAGGGGCUGAGCCGCCUGCAGCUGACGGAGGAGGAGAUGGCUCUCUUCAGCGCCGCUGUGCUGCUGUCACCGGACCGGCCCUGGCUGACGGACACUCAGAAGGUGCAGAGGCUGCAGGAGCGUGUCUACCUGGCCCUGCAGAGCUGCCUGCAGAGGAGCCCCACCAGCAAGGAGAAACUCACCAAGAUGGUCUCCAAGCUGCCUCUGAUGAAGUCAAUCUGUAACCUGCACAUGGACAAGCUGGAGUUCUUCAGCCUCGUGCACCCCGACACAGCCUACAGCUUCCCCCCCUUGUACCGCGAGGUCUUCGGCAGCGAGGUGCAGUGCCCCGAUUCCAGCGAGCGCUAAGCCAGGGGGUCCCCCAGGAAAAUCCACUGACGCAGCGUUUCCCCCGGCCCCGAACCCCAACAUAGAAAGCAUUUGAGUGACUGAAUGUACCACUCCUUGGACAAUCCACCAAGGACCUACCCAACCGACAAGCUGCUCCAGCCCGGAGAAUGUGUAGAACAGUGCACUUGAGAGACAGCGGAGGGGAGAGCCAAGCUGAGCUGUAGCCCAACCCUUCUAAGAGUUUUCUUAAGGAACAAACAAAAGGGACCAAGGAAACGAAGAGGGCAACCCCAGAUGGAGCAAUCCCCCAUCUCCCCAGCCUGCCUCCAUCCUCCAUCCCCACAACGCACACUCACACUCAACCCAGACACCGCUGUUCCUUGCACACCCGCACGGGAUAGAAUUAGGGAGACUUUUAAACAUGCUUUUUAAAUUUUAUAUAUAAAUAGUAUAUAUGUUCUGGUAAGGCCAGGCCUGAUAGCCACCAGUUGUCUGACUUUUUUCAAGACGGGAAUGGUGGUGGUGGGGGGGGGGAGGGGGAGGUUGCCCCCUCAGAUUGCCGUGUGGGCUACCUGACAAAACUGCCAAUAUUGAGAUAUUGACAGUGCUGUACAAUACUGACCCUCCUUCUAGUUAGAAAGCUCAGCCCGGUCUGGCAUUGCGUAGCCAUGGUAACGAUCCGGUCUCUAGCAAAAGAGUAAAGAAAGUGUGCCACCUGCUGGACUUUUAAAAUAUAUAUUUGAAAUGAAAAAAAAUCAGAAAGUUGUCCCCACUGUUGGAGGGAGUCUCUCAGUGUGGUCCAAGCAGGACAGCUCAGACUGCCACCUCCAGGCUUGUACCCGGGCCUCUGAAAAUUAAAUAAAUACAUAAAUAAAUAAUAACUUGUUUUGUUCGAAGCUCUCUCUGUAAAUAGAAAGGUCAGUAUUGUCGUCUUUUUUUGUACAUUGGUGCUGACCGACAAUACUGCUGUUUCCAUUUGACUUGUCCGCAAACAUGAAGGGAUAGGAGAUGCAUUCAAGCCAUGAUUUACUAAAUGAACUUAUUAGCGAUCUACCUUUGACUGGGACACAAUGCCACACGUGAGGGCAGGACCAUACAGAGGGAUGCAGAUUGCACUACAACACCCUACACUAUUUUGCAGUAUUUGAUGCAGAUAUUUGACAAAAGCAAUAGUGUCGCUUGUAAAAAUCUUGUCGUGGGCUUGUGCAAUACUCAGGAGUGCGCUAUCUAGUGACGGGAGUGUGGCACUGCGGGGGGCGGACAGGCAGGCUAUACAAGGGAACACUAUCAGUUUAUCUGGGCAGUCGUCACCGGGCAUGGAAUACAUUCUGUAUUUAAAAAAAAAAGACAGAUCACUAGCCCCCUCUAGUGGAAUGAUUAGGGAUUGCCAAAACAAAAACUCCUGAAAAUGGGUUAACAUCAUAAAAAAUGAUGUUUAAUACAGUAUUUGUUACUUUUGUAGGAUCUGGAUUGAAGUUUAUUUAGUAAUCAAGGACAUGGUUGGGACAAAGACCUGGACUGGAAGGUCCAAGGUUUAUUUGCUAGUCUAUCUGCUUGUACCACAUGGUUUGUCAGUGAUCUCUGCUUUGAUUCCUGCUCACGCUGGUGAACACUCAGGGUGAGAGCUGAACUCUGCCAGCGUUGGGAGAAGCGUGUCGUUAGCGGAGUCUUGCUCAGAGUAGCAUUCUGAAAACCUGCAUCACGGUGUGCAAUAGAUGUUCUUGUGAAUGUUGCGAGAGGAGAAAAGAACUCUAAAAAGCUAUACACAGAUAUAUGUUAUUUUUUUUGUCUGUAAAUGUAAAAAAGCUAAUAAGCGUAUAUGAAAGUUAAAAAAAAAUGUUGAUGGGUGUUAUUUUUAGAAUGCUAGCCUUCGUUUCAAUGUGUUUUCUUUUCCCAAUGUUUUUUUUUUGUCUUGUAAAAUUGUAAUUCUAUUUUUUUAAAAAAGAACAAAAAAAAUGAUUCUAUGAUGAUGCUGAAGUUGACCAGACAGAAAAUGGAAAGUGGAUAAAUAAAAAAUAAAAAAUAAAACUAAUCUGGAUUUUUAAUAAAACAAGGAAAAUAUGAUAUAAUAUAUUAUUAUUAUUAUGGUUUAAUGAGUUUAAAAACAUGUGCAUAUUGUUGUAUAUUGAAAAUACAGUAUGUGGUUUUAAGAAUGUAAUAAAAUCAUUUUUCUU